CUCACAUUGCAGCAGCCAAGGAGGCUGCAAACUCCUCGCUGGCGUUUUCCCCAGCUCUCUGUCUCUGGACCAAGCACGCUGUGUUAACCGUGCGAGAUGUUUGACCCGGAGGACGGCUGGAACAUCUCUUUCGCCGGCUGCGGCUUCCUCGGCGUGUACCACGUCGGCGUGGCGAGCUGUAUCCAGGAGCGGGCUCCUCACCUGAUCCGCAACGCCGGCAGGAUCUACGGCGCAUCGGCCGGAGCGCUCACCGCCGCCGUGGUCGCUUGCGGGGCGCCGCUAGAUAAAUGUUGUGCUGCUGUUCUGGAAGUAGCUAAAGAAGCCAGGAAAAGAAACCUGGGACCUCUGCACCCAUCCUUCAACCUAGUGAAAAUAAUAAGGAAUGGACUCUUCAGGAACCUUCCGGAAAAUGCGCAUCAUUUAGUCUCGGGCAGGCUCUGUAUUUCUCUGACGCGGGUAUCUGACGGUGAGAAUGUGCUCGUGUCAGACUUCAACUCCAAGGAAGAGCUCAUCCAGGCUCUGAUCUGCAGUGCAUUUGUUCCGCUUUAUUGUGGACUCAUCCCACCAUCUUUUCGAGGAGUGCGCUAUGUAGAUGGAGGGAUCAGCAACAACCUGCCUCAAUACGAGUUGAAGAAUACGAUAACGGUGUCUCCAUUCUCUGGAGAGAGUGAUAUCUGUCCUCGAGAUAACACCAGCAACUUCUACGAACUGCGGGUCACCAACACCAGCAUCCAGUUCAGCUCGGCCAACCUGUACCGUCUGAGUCGAGCUCUUUUCCCCCCUGAACCCAAGGUGCUUGGAGAAAUGUGUCACGGAGGUUAUCGAGACGCGCUGCGAUUCCUCAGGAGAAAUAAUUUACAUAACGUGCCAAUCCUUCUGGAUAGCUUGACCCCUGUCACUUCAUCGAGAGUGGUGGACGCAUUGAUCUCUGAGAAAUUGGACUCGUGUAAAAGUGGGAUCCCAUUGUCACUGGAGAAGGUGGUGAUGGUUGUGGACCAAUCUACAGACGUCGACUCCACACUUUGCAGCCGAACUCUGCGAAGAAAGCAUUGGUCUUCAGCAUUGGAUGAGAGAAUCCUGGAAAAGCUCCCUCCAAGAAUUUGUAACGCAUUGUAUGAAGCCUGUAAAGAGAAAAGUGGACUCUAUGCACAGCUUAGCAACCUCUUGCUGGUUAGAAUGGCAUCCUACGCAAUGCUACCAUACACAUUACCGUUGGAGUCUGCUUAUUCUUUUGGCCGCAGAUUGCUGGAGUGGCUUCCUGAUGUCCCGGAAGAUGUAUGUUGGAUGCGUGAACAAUUGGGCAUUAUCGGUGGUGUAAUUUAUCAUCGAGCAACAAAACGGUUUGGACUGCAACGUCACUGUAGUGCCCAACCAAGCGUGCCACUGAGGAAAUGCUGCAGCCUUCCAUCUCACACGGACCAAUACCAAGCCUACCUCCCUCCUCGUACCUCAUCUGUGGACCUUGGCUCCUGGAGCUGCAGAUUCUCUGGUUCUUCAGCAACAGCGUUAGAAGAGCCCACUGUUUUACCAGAGCCGACUCUGGUGACUCCCGGCAACAUUGUGCAUUUCUUCCCCGGCUCGGAUAAUUCCCCAGAUGAUCAUGCUGUUUAGCUCAGACUUCGGGGUUACUGCUCCAAAGAUGCCUCGUGGAACACUGAGAUUUAAAAAAAAAAAAAUGUAUAGGUGCUGCCUUUUACACUGAGAGAUCUUUACUCAGCCACGGGAAAUCUCGUUUGUUUUCUCUCGAAUUAUUAAAGCCUUUAGUGAUCAUAAUUACACAGCUCAUUUUGCACACUAAUGAACUGACUUGAGGAUCUUAAUGUGCGGGCUGGGGGAACCUUUUAUGCAAGACAGACUUGUGUUGAAAUCCAGCUAAUAGUUAAACUAAUUUUAUUUUCCACAGAAUCAUUGGUCAGUUCUGAACUAUGGAUGUUGACCCAGAUUGAUAUCUAUCAGUUUUUAAAAAGCAUUUAUAUUUUUGUGCCGUCUAAAUUAUUUGUGUUGUCGAACCUUCUAGUCAUUCAAAGUUGAUCCUGUCUAUUCAAGGAGGAAGAUGUAACGUGACUGACACUCCCAUGCAUUCCUCUUUUUUAUAUAUAUAUGCCUGUAAAUCUAAUUUGUAUUUAUUAAUCAAAGAUCUUUUUUAUAAAGGCUAAUAUGGAGUUUUUGUAUGUUGAUGUGACUUGUCAUUGAUUUGAAAUUUGUUUGAAUCAUUUUGACCUUUUUCUAAAUGCAAGCAAUUAAUACCUGUAAAAUAAAGUAUUUUGAUUGUUU